ACGGGAUUAGCUGAGCAGUACUCAGAGUUUCAAACCAAGACGACUGCCUGUUCCAAUGCUUUCAAGAGGACGACUUCGGGUAACUGAGACAUCAGGCAAAUGACGAACGGGACUGUUAAUGUAUACAGGAAAAGGGAAUUGGUGCUUUUUUUGGGCAAAACUCAUGGAUUCUACUGGACCCAGUCUUUUUAAUGUUUAUUAUUUGUCAGUUCAAAAUGUGACAACUCUUUUGGUCACUUCAACAUCUACAGUGACUGCUCCAGAUCAUGUACAUGAUCAAACCUUUGUUAAGGUUGUGUUAAGGAGUUCUGGGGAAUCCCGACCUCUACAGAAUCUCUACAAGAAUAUUUAAUUUAUGGAUGAUGGAAAACUGGUUGCUGUUGAGAUGAUCACAUGCCUCCUAGGUGACCUGUGUUGAUCCUUGUCCUUCAGGAAAUAUAAUAGAGACAGAAACGGACAGACGCCAAGAGCCUGGCUGGAUGCAACAUUCUGGCAGAUGAGAUGAGAUGCUAUGCUGCAGAGAACCAGUGGACAUAAACUCCUACAAGUACUCCUAUUUGGCAACUUUUAAAAAGUGUUUGGGGACUGGGGACGAUUUAAAUGGUGUCAGUAACAGGGGAACAAGAUGAAACUUCAAAGGUUCAAGAGAAUGGCGUGGCCAGGGGACUUGGAAAGACUGACUUACGACUUAGUACAAAGGUUAUGGGUACACCUGUCAUGUCUGUCACCAAGAUUGAUGAUGAUGGGGACGAGUGUGAGGUGUCAGACAAAGAUAAUGAUGAAGAGACUGAAGUUGACUACACGCGAAACUACUGGGAGGAUGAGGACGAUAUCUACCAGGAAUUUGAGGAGCUGGACUUCGAGGCCUUGCCGGAUCGCUCAGACACGCGGAGCAUCGCCUCGGACGAUUCCUUCUACCCACACGACAGUUCAGUCAUCUCUCACAUAUACCGCUCGCCGAGCCCGGACAGGCCCGAGCCCAUCUCCUUUUUCAAAGCCUGCUGCAACAACAACGCCAUCAUCGUUAAGAUUAUGAUUAGGCAAGGGGUGACCAAAGAGGAAGUCAGGGAGACGGACCGGAACAGAAGAUCUGGCCUCAUUGUGGCCUGUUACCAUGGCUACGUGGACGUGGUCAUGGCUCUCUCUCAGUGCCCCUAUGUGGACGUAAACUGGCAGGACAACGAGGGCAACACCGCUCUGAUCACAGCAGCACAAGCAGGGAACGCGAUCAUCUCCAAGUACCUGUUGAACUACUUCCCUGGUCUGGACAUUGAGAGGAGGAACUGUCACGGUUUCACCGCUUUGAUGAAGGCUGCCAUGCAGGGCAGGGCUGAGUGUGUCAGAGCUCUUAUGCUGGCAGGAGGUGAUAUCCAGGCACGGGACUUUGGACGCUGUAUGACACCCAGGGAGUGGGCUCUCUUUACGGGUCGAUACGAAACGGCCUGCCUGAUGUAUGAUCUGAUGGCACGGCCCUGUGCUGAGCAGUUCUGUGACACCUUCUCCCUGGAAUGGCCUAUAUUGGAGGAGCUGGUUGCCAAGGCCCAAGAGCCAAAACCCUGCUGGAGGCGGCUUAUCAGUUGUCUCUCCUGCUGCCCUUACAGGUUUUACAUCAACAACAAGGUAAACCCUGUGGAUGACGGCGUUUUUGACCACAUGGUCCGGGUCACAACCAGUCUCUCCAGUCCAUUUAUUGCCACAGCUUGCCGCACGGUGUGUCCGGGCAGCCCUCCAUGCCUCGGGAAGCGCCGCCCCGCGGUGCAGGAGAUUCUGAGGAGGCAACGUGUGGCUGAGCUGAAGCGCCUGGGUCCGGACAGACUGAACAACUACAAGAAAUUUUUCCAGAACUCGCGCAUCCUUCUUAUUCCCAAGUCGCGGGACCGGAGGGCGAGCCUCCAGCCUCAGCUGCUGUGUGAAAUGGCUGCAGCAUCGACAGGGGCCAUGAGACGAGCCAGUCUCCUGCCGCUCAACAUGCUAAGGAGAAGCAGCGUGCGGCCGGGCAUUGUGGUGCCCAAGGUGAGACUCUGUAAGGCCCCUGCUCCACAGUUUGUACCAGAAAAACUCAAAAGGAGCAAAAACCACAAUCAUCUCCAAAUCCCCAAGUGGGAUUACAAGAUGAAGAAAAUAGAGAGGGCGCAAGAGGCGAGUCAGAGACUGCUACCUCUGACAAGGAGGAGGUGAAGGAAAGUGGGGACGAGACAAAGGAGGACAGAUGAAGCCAUCAUGGAAGUGCCAAAAAUUGCAGUUCUUGUAAUGACCACUAGAGGCAGGCUCCAAACGGAAGUCAGUCCUCUUAGAUGUUAAAAUACAGCCUGAUGAAAAGAAUAGUUUCUCCAUUCAUGACAACUGCACAGGGUUGACUUUUUGAAUGAAACAUCUGGGAGUGUUGUCUACCUAGGUGCCACCACUCUGGUUGAUGUCUCAGCCAUCUUUUUAUAGAGUCCAUGAUCAGGACAUGACAUUCUGCAACUGUAAAAAAGUAUCACCAGUUGGUAGUCGCUUCACAUGGUGUACUUCUAAAUGAACAUGUCUUUUAGUCCUAGAAAAACUGACAUCAUAUCUUCUGAACUCCUUUUAUAUUUCAUUACAUAAAAGAGAUUUGUUGCCUUGUUUCUACUUGUAUUCCAUGCUUCGUUUGUGCGGAGUGCUUUAUGAUACAAUCAACACCUAGAAUAGUACACAUAAUUUGUUUUUCUAUAUUGGCAGCUUCGAUUGUCUAUUAUGAAAUCUCUCUGGUGCAUGGCAUAGGAGCAAAUUAGACCAAAGUGUCUGCAAGUAACAAAGUAACUGAAACCCAGUUUGCCCAAACUUGAAAGUAUCCUGUGAAAUAUUAUGAGUCUGUCUGGUUUGUCCCAUGCUCACACAGAAGGAUGCACGUGGGUGGCACGAUUUGUAUUAUUGACCUUGAUGCAUGGAAACAUUGCAGGUAUAAACACUUUUGUCCCAGGUUGUUUCACGCAUACUGAGACACUGGUGAGAGAGGAAGAAAAAGAUCAGGUGAUGCGCAAAAGCUAGAGGUGACUGUUGGGGAAAAAACGGAACAGAAGAGACAAAAGACAGCAGCAUGAUGAGAGGAGAAGGCGGCGCAUGAGUGGAAGGUGUGGCACGGUGGAAUCUGACUGUUAAAUUUAAUGGAGAGGAAUAUCCACGGGCACAAAUGGGACUUGAAAAAGGCAGCAAGGUGACACCCAGCUGGAGGGAUUUAACAGGAUGGAGGAAGGCUCUGGCAUGGCCAAAUGGAGAUUGGUGGCUGGCUGCUGAAGCAGAAAGCCGCAGGAAAGGACUGCUGAGCACGCAGGAGGAAGCCAGGAAGCCAUUUUAUGCCGAUACACAGUACAACAGGUAUUUCUAAAGAAUGGAUGGGCUCGUGAGCAGUAUUUGACGGAUGAGCUGAGGAGCCAGCUCACACAAGCUUUGUGAGGGCUUUGUGGAGAAUCUGAAAGGCAGAGCCAAAAAUAAACAGCUUAGUGCUAAACUGUGACUUGUUGACUUCCAAAGACGUGCUGUCAGCUACUUUAUGUACUUUAAGUAUCUUCUGCUCUGAGAGUACUAUAUACAUAGGUAGAAAAUAUAUCAUCCCGUGAAAGGGAAUUUAGGUCUAAAAGAAAAAGAACUCCUCUUGCCUUCAUUUGCCUCAACUGACGAUGCAAGGAAGGCUGCGGCCUGUGUGGCACCAUCAGUCACUUCCACAUUCCCUGCAUGCUGCCUCGGGCCCAGUACAGGUAAACCUUGAUCCGUCCUGGGCAACAGGUGUCAGCACACCUGAGACAUUUGAGAGACCUCAGACCAUGUCUGAAGGUGGUCUGGGUGACAUUUGACUGCAUUUCUGCAUUCUCGGCGUGGAUCAGUGUUGCCAGAUGGGAAAUGAAGAAAUCUGGCAACACUGGUGUGAACACACAAUGCGACCUGAAAGACUGCUGACAAGUAAUUAAAUAAUAAAUAAAAGUUAACAAGAAUUUAUCAAUUACAUGAUUUAAUAUGAUGUAACUGAUUCUGAUCAGUAUUCUACUGCGCCCUAAAUCAUGUCGGUGUUAAAUUUGCAUACAGAGCGCAAAACUAGUUGGGGACACAUGUACAGAUACAUAUGUACCCAUUGUCACCAUUUUCUGAUGACCAUGGGUCCUGGCCACUUGCAUUCACUGUAGAUAACAGUGGGGGAAUGUUGCCACAGACACCAAGUCCCAAAAGCUUAUCGUUUUUGUUUCCUACGCAACAGAUGUGAUUUAAAAGUGAAAUAGCUAGACAUACAACUGAAAAUCCUUGAGAAUGCCACUUCAAAUUUAGGUUAUAGUUGAGCUCAGAGCAACUUUCCUCUUGUAGUUGAAGAAUCUGUAUGGCACCUCAUUCCAUACAGUUCAGAUCAAAUCCUGUUUUCCAGAUAAUGCUGUUGGCAUUUUCUGCUUUCAUUAGACAGAAAUGACAACAGCGGACAGAAAGUUGAGGGUAAAGGGAGGAGGGGAAUGACCUGGGACCUGCUCAACUAUCAAAUCUGCCCCAAAACACGUUUUAAGUGGAUGGUGAGUUAUGCCGUCAUUGCCCGAUUUUGACAAGCUAACAGAUUGGUGCAGACACCCAGCAAGAAGAUUAAUCAAAUAAAGCCUGUUUUAAGUCUUGGCAUGAGCAAGAUUUAUUACACUCAUUUGCUGCUUUGAGGCAAGACAAAUUCUGUUAAAUGUCCCUUUAAUAUUUAAUCUGUCGUGUACUUUAAUAAGAUAGAAAGUUGAGUUGGUAAACCAUGGGACACCAAAGAGAUGACUGAGCUCUGUACUCUGACCGGUUUGACAGUGGUCUGUACUCAGAUGUUCUGGAGACUAUUAAGGCUUGACUUCCAAGGACCUCUUUACAUAUCUGCCAAAGACUGCAACAAGUAGGUAGCAUAACACAAGACGUUUUCAGUGGGGAUAGCUGUACGUCAUGUUGAUUUAAACAUUGCAGAGUUUCAAGUCGGAGCCAUUGAGAAAUUCAGAAUUUUAUUCACGAUAGUAAAUACUACUCAUAGAGAGACAAAGGUCAGAGAAAACCUACACGGCAAAGUCACUGAACUACAGUAAACAUAUUACACCCACCCUUGCUUCUGAUAGGAAUUACGUGAUUUUGUUUUACCUCAUUUAUCAUCAUUUAGUGCACUUUUCCGUUGACAUACUUGAAAACACUGAUAUUUAAUGCUGCAUUAAAGAGCUUACAUCUCCUGUUUUUUAAGGAGGAAAUUGUAACAUUUUUACAUAAAGUUGUAAGGCAUCCUGUCUCUGUGUAAUGUCUGCUUCUUUUUUUUUUACACAACACACACAGCAGCUGAAUUACUAUUGCCUGCAAUAAACUUGGUCGAGGAUCGCCCGGCGAUUGCCCUGUGAAAAAUCACUUUAAUAUCACUACAGCAAUUGACCACGCAGCAUCCUUCAAAAAUAUGAUAAUCUGGAUUCUUUUUUCAAGUAUUAUGAUCAUUUUACAUUUAUUCAGUGAUGACGCACAAACGAUAAAACCUGGUACGUUUGGCAUGUUACUGAAGAACAGGCAAAGAAUGCGUAGAAUGUGUGUGUAAUUGUGAGAUGUGGACUUAAAUGUCAGAGUUAAGAAUCACCCCAGGACUCACCAGGACGUGUGAGAUAAACCUUGGUUGUUGUCAGCAGAAACAUUUACAAGUGUCUACCCAAACUAUAUGAUGAACUUGCCUUCUAUAGUUGAAGGUGGAACACGGCACAGACACUGUGAGCCAGUCUGAGGUAAAACUUACUAAAGCAGCCUCCAGAGUCUGCAGCAAGCCUCCCCUCCCCAGCUCCCACAGACGCAUUCUGUGCCCGUGGUGUCUUGAUCCAUCCGCAGAGAGUCGUGCAGACCAGGCCUCAGAGACUAAAAUGGCCGCCACCCUGACCUGUGGAGCAGUUUCUCUAAUGACCACCAGAGAGCACUCAUGACCCUUUGCAGGUCAACACAUUGUGGAGCCAUUCAAAAUAAAGAGAGGUAAACCCCUGGACACUCAUGUGUUCAAACUUUAAAUAAAUGAGAAGAUAAGCUUUUGGUUUUGUUUGGGUCCUUUGUGGAAAUUCAUAAAUGUGAAAACCCAAUUAAUAUAAGACAGAUAUUAUUAUUAUUAUUAUUUAUUUGGCAAAGUAUUUAUUUUGAAUGAUUAUAUUUUUUUCUGUAUUUGCCUUUUUCUGUAUUUGCCUCGUUAAAAAGAGCUGCAUGAGUCUCGAGCUACAUGUGUCGCUGUGUCUGAGAGAUAAGCACUGUUUGUGUCACUGAAUGUCCCUUCGCAAUUUCCUUGUCCUUGUUUCUUCUUCUCUUCCAUUUUUAAUACAUGUCCACUCACCAAUCCUUUUGUAAGGAUCAGCAAUCUGCUGCUGGUUUGCUCUUAGAGGAGCCUCACUUCUUUGUGGCAUUGACUCCACGAGCUGCUGGAAAAGUUCCUUUCAGAUUCUGCUCCACGUUGGCAUGGCUGCAUCGUCUCAUGCUGCACAUUCAUGACGACACACAACACAUACCAGAGGCGUUCUAAUACAAUCAUAUGUGCGCCUCCUGACCUCUAUGUCUGCGGGAUUGGAUGCAUUGUGCCGCUGCCGCACAAUGGGCUGAAUGAAUGCGUCAACAAGUAAGUGCACGAUUAAGUGCUGGCUGAGUGUAUGCAGUGAUAUUCCUUUGUUCUGGGUUCAGCACGAUUGGCUCCUGCAGAUGUAGCAGCUGAAAGGCAUGAUUUUUAAAUAACAAAAGACAAAAAAAGAAAUAAUUGUGUUUUGAUAUGUUCAUGCCUGUCUUUCUGCUGGGUAGAAAUGGACAUAUCCAAAUGCUUUCUGGCAACUUCAUUAUCCAGAUGAAUUAAUGAAGAUGAUCCAGACUUAACAAGUACUCUCCAAUGAUUCCUGUGGUGUCAGGUAUUUGUGAAUUUGUUCUGCAGUCGAAGUCUGACCACAUUUAAAGUAUGAUUGCAGACUAAUAAGCUGUGGCAUGAUGUAGGAACAACAAUUAAAAUCAGAACAAACAAAAUCAGGUUCUUUCGAUGGUCCGUUUAUAUUUUUUGGAGCAGUUGCAAUCUGUUUGAGGCAAUAGAAAGAUUCACAAUUCUCUUUUUAAAACACGUUUGGUCUAGCAACAAAAAGGUCACCGACGUUAUUAUCUCCACACACGUCUUAUAGUCACGUUUUUUCUGCCUAAGGAUCACAAGGACAUACAAAAAUGCUGUCAGUUUUCCAGAUGCUUACUAACAAAUACAGUACGUCUGUUUUCCAUCAGGUGUGUGCGUGUGUGUGUGUUUGUGGGGGACAGUUGCAUCAAGAUGACCUCUAGGACUUUUUAACAGCGGUGGGUAACGAGAACCAGGGUCUGUUGUCACCAUUAACAAUUUAGCCUUCCUCACGUACAAAAGAGAAAUAAAAAGCAAAAAAAAAAAAGAUAAAAGGAACUGAUUUCUAAUUGACGGCAAAAUACUCAUGCAUUCAUGGGUGCAGGUUUGUCAUUUAGCGUCGUGAGGCCGAUCGAUCAGAAAGGUGUUGGGACCCGCUUGUCCUCUGACACGUGACUAAAGCUGAUAAUCCUCAGGUCGUGGUCAGCGCGGGGGGAGUGGGGCAAACAUUUUGUGCACAUUUGAAAUCACAGACAUGUUGGAAAAUACUCUUCACGGAUGUAGCACCGUUUUUUUGGACUGCUUCAAUGACAACGUGGAUCCCUGGGCCCUGGUCUACUCUACUCCACAUAGCAACAACAUUACUACACAAAGUCGACAAUUUAGUGUGUUGACCAGAAAAGAAAAUGUGAACAAAAUUCCUACAUGUAGCUGUUUUUGUGUUUUUUUUUGUAGUUUUUUUUUUACAAGUCUUUUUCUUCCAUAAUGUUGCUGCUAUAAGUGACAUCCACAUCUGCACAUAAAAAGUAUAUAUUUAUAUUUAUAUAAUAUAUAUCCGUACUCUAUUAACAGUUUUGUCUACCAUGAAGUUAGAAUUGUCACCCAUCUCUCAGAAAAAGUUUUUUUUUUGUUUUGUUUUGUCUCAUACUUCAAACACUGAUUAUUUUACAACACAGAAGUCAACUAAUUUUGUACAGCUUUGGAGGAAGUGAGGCUCUGACCGGACACAGUCCCUCCGUGAGUUUACUUUUUUUUUUCUCCCCCACCCCUCCCCUCCCCAGUCUCGGUGCGGUUUUCAUCCCAGGAAAACACAGUUUAGAAAAACCAAAGCAUUUACACACUGGCAUGGUUAGGACCGCAAGGAUGUUCAGCUGAAAACCGCCAGCUCAGUUUGGACCCUUGAACGCAGCCUUACCGACCCUCUUGAGCUGAGAGGGAGUAACCCUCGUUUGGCACGGUUAUGUACACAAUGAGCACAGGUCUCUUGAAGGACGGGCUCAUGGGAACAGAAAGAGGAGAUCUGGGGGUGUUAAUGUGAAAAGUUAGUCGCCAAAUCGUCAAAGCUAGCAAAAAAAAAAAAAAAAAAAGGCGACUGGACUGUUUGAGCCUCUGUAGGGCAGUGAAAGGAGCACCGUGACCCAGCAGUUCCUAUCCAGUGUUUCACAUUAUCAACACGUCCACAUCCGUGAUAUGAGAUUUGACAAACUGAGUGUUGUUAUUUACGAGCGUUUAGACGGGAUGGUUGGCGAGGAAGUGACCCAGUGGCGGAAAAGGCCUGACAUGACACAGAAAGUAGUGCAAUGUAUAGUACACAAUGCGAAAAUGUACAGUGUACAUCAAAUACUAUACAACCGGAAUUAAAAAAGUAGAAACACAA